AUUUUCAUCUUCCGAUUCAUCUGACUCUGACUCUACUAAAAAGAGGAAACAGAGUAAAUUAAAGUCAAAGAUGUCAGUUCCUUCUCCACCACUAUUUUCUCCUGGUCUGUCUUCUAUGACAAAGUCUUCCAAUGUUACAUCCAAAGAAAAUGUUGCUCCGCUGAUAAUUGUUUCUGACAAAAACAAAGGAAAGACAACUACUCUUGUCCCAGCAUCAACAACAGCUGUUCAUAAUAAACACAAGUUACUGGAUAGAAUUGUUAAUAUUAGGCAGCAAGCAGCUAUCAAAGCAGAACAACGGAAAAAAGCAAUGUCUUUAGAAAAUAUUAUUAAGUUGAAACAGAAGACAGUUGAUAGUAUAUCGUGCUCCAAAGUACAAGAAAAGGCUCCUGAAACAAGCGGAAGUAGCAGGUCUGAACCACAGUCGCCGUCAAUAUUGUCACCAUCGAAUGUGCAACAUUUUAAAAAAUCACCACAUCCGCUAUCACACAGUAACACUGAGAUAUUAAAUGACAAUCAAUGUCUUUCUCAGCCUGUACUAGACGAGACUCAAAAUCUGUAUCUUUCUAGUCCAUCUAUAAGUGACAGUGUACAUGAAAAAUCACCAACCAGAGAGUUUGAAUUUGUUGUUGCUGAAGAGAGAAAGAAUAAAAAAACUGGAAAUAAACCUGAUAAACCUGAUGAACUCUCAUAAUCUUCAUCACAGAAUACGUUGACAUCACAAAAUACAUUGACAUCAAAAUUGACUACAGAUUGGACCGUUUGAAAUGCCUAUGAGGCUUAAUGGCAACAUAUACAAUAACUUUUUAAUCAACAAUUUGCC